GAUGGUAGCAAGUUUUCGGCUUCCGCUGUAGUAGGAUGCACAAGCAUGGUGAAAUCCAUCAAUGGCAACCCAUUCAAGCUGGAUGCCCUUGGCAACAAAAAUCUUAUGUGUCGUGCACUUUCUUAUCCAAUUGACGAAUGGCAGGCUUAUAGCAUGUCAGCGGAACUUCUGAAUAAGAUAGGUUGGCAGGGAGUAAACAGCGGACAUCUUGGAUUACUGUACAAUGCUAAGGAUGAAAAUAACUUUGACUUUGUUUACUUACGGUGAGUUUGAUCUGUUUUGUUAUAAAUUUUUUUGUCAUUGUUAUAAAAUCUAGCUAGACUUAACAGAGGGUCUUAACAGAUUCGAAGAAUACGAAGACAAGCGGGAUAUUGACCGGGAUAAAUUAAGCGUCAAACAGACAUUUCCAGUUCCUCUUUCUUCAUCAACAAGCACGUGGGAAAAAGAUACUUACGUUUCCGUUUACAUCAAUUGCAAUCUCUUAAUCUUAACUCGCUUGUGAUAAAUAAAGAAGCCUUCAAUAUUCCCUUUGAACAUUAUUAUCCAAAGAGUAACAAGGUAGGUAAUGGCGCACAUGCCCCAAUAAGACCCACAUAACCGAUGCUUCACCCCCUCCCUAUAGAAGAAGGUAGCACCUUAUAUUAUUGUAAGUAAGAAGCACUUAGAAGUAAGUAAUAAGGGUAGCAGGAAAUUCUGGAAUUGGCGGAAGUAAAAUCGCGUUUUAAAUUUGUACGGACCUCCCUCAAUGCAUAGCCUACCACUCACACGUUCUUAGGGAUUCGUAACGCGUUCCUUCCGCACAGAGGAUAGGAAGGAACGCGUGAGGAUGCCCUGAGAACGUCUACGUGGGAGGCCACUCCAUGCAAUGCGUUUUCAUCAAAAUUAUCCAAAGUCUGAUAAGUCAAGAGAGAAUAAUAGGACCAUUAUUCUCUCUUGUAUAAGUAGAUUAUUGCACAAUCCUGUGGACAGGAUAAGUGGGCAGAUGGGUGGGAGUACACUGCAGUUCCGACAGGCAAUUUCUUUAAGGUUAAAAGUUUUCUCAGACUCUUAUUUGAAUUAUUUACUCAGACCUCACUCGGUUGGUGGAUGUUAUCAGACUGGAUACAUGGCCAAUGGAAAGUUGACGUUUGUCAAAAGUGCCGCGUGUUCUAAUGGACCUCCGAAAGGUGGUGUAUGGUUCCCACUCUCAGUCACGGUGCACGGUCAGGAUGUACAAGUGUACCACAGUGCGGUCCUGGUGGCGUCCAUCAAGUCCCAUUUUGCUCCAAGGGCCUGGGGAGGAGUGUUCACUUUUCAUGGUUAUAAAAACGUGAUCCUCUUUAGGAAGUUCAAAAUUGCGCCUCAAACGCACAUUACUAAGAGAUGCAAAAAGGUAGUGUGAAACAUCUAUGACACAAAAGCGGUACUUGACGCCAGUCAAUGACACAAUAAGAAAACUUUGUUUUACAAAGGAUUUUACGACUUUGUUUUACAAGAUUCCAUGCUAGAAUGCUAAUUCAUUACAGUGGAAUCCCGCCGAUUUCUUCAACCCUCGGUUUUUCGAAAUUCCUAAUGAACCAAAAAAAUUAGACCUAUAGAUAACUUCCCUUCACCAGUCAAAACCUGUAAUCAUGAUUACCCCCACCGCCCCCCCUCCCGAAUCGAUUUUUCGCACCUCCCUAAAGUUCGAACUUGAAUCCUUUUCCCAAGAUGGUUCGAAAAAUGGGGAUUCCUCCCACAUAAACUUCCUUCCAAAUAAACUUAUAAACGUGUUCUCCAAAAGUGGCAUGACCAGUUCGGCUUUUAUUAAAUGCUGACUCAUUUUGCUUUAUUUAAAGGGCCAUCAACAAGGCUGUAAAGAAGUCGGAUUCUUAGUUCAAUCUCUAGUUUCAAUUUUUUGUUCUUUCGACUCGGGUUAUGUUUUUUGAUAUCAGGUGUUAAGCAAUGCCCGAUGCUCGUGAUUAUUCAUUUUAGAAAGUACCAUAUUUGGAACGAGAAGAAGAGAUAACUGACCAAUCAAACUUCGUAAACAACGUGACGUAAUUUUCCUUCAGGUUCCUGCGCCCGCUUAAAAAAAUGGCCGACAAACGGGGGAAAAACUCCCGAAAGCCGAGAAAGCUUUCAAAGGUUGAAACCAGGAAUCUUACCGAAACACUGAGCAGGAUAUUGUUGCCUUACCACCAGGGCCAAAAGUAACAUUAUAAACCCAUUGACGUCUUCGCAACUUCUUGAAGUUCAGUCACUUCAAAAAACGAUGCCUUGUUGACCCUCUGCACAGUAAACUUAUAAUGCGAAUAGGCUUUUAAAAUUUUUAUAUUAAAAGUCUAGAAUAAACAGUGAAAAAUAUUUUCGAAUAAAAUUCAUUAGCUGCGUAUCGAAAGUGUCCAAAACCUGAACCUGAUAUCUUCGCAAAAAGCGAUGCUUGUAAUGAAUGUGAGAAGCAUUUUAAAAGCUUAAAUUAAACUCGGAUGUUGUAGUCACGAUCGUGUGUUGAGCUAAUUUUAUGAAUGAACAAACUCAA